AGAAAAACUAACACAAAAGAUGUCAUGUUUAUCUUUUUAUUGACUGGAUACUUUUAUUCUGCCGAGUUUACCACCAGUUCGUUGUAGUGUGGAUUUUCAUAACAGAACUGAAAAGUAGGCAUUUUCGUUUGCGAAACAUGUCUGCUUGUGAAAAUAUUCUCUUGAUAUGGUGUGGUAGGAAAUGAAGAAUGUUCUGUAGUGACAGGGGCCCCGUUAGUGGCAGUGUUGAUCGCAGUUAUUGGACAACAUUAAUAACAAUUUAAGUCUUUUAAAUUUUUGUUUUAAUGUACUAAGCUGACGGUGUAAGUUUAAAACAAAUACAGGCUAAAUUUAGUCUAGUAAACUGCUGUCAUCCAGUACAGCCGAAUUCCCAAUUAAGUGUUGUCUUUGCUGAGAGUCACAAUGUGACAUUUAAGUGUUAAAUAAAAAAGGUGUGCUUUAAAACGAAAGAAUUGGAGUUGGUUUUGUUUAGGUGAACCAGUGUAACUGAGUGUUGUCUGUCGAUAUUACUCUGUUAAUGUUUUUCAAGAACGUUACCAAAUUAGACGGUAUUGGAUCUGACAGUGACACAGUGUUUUAAUUGACAAUUUAAUGUCUUGAAAAUUCUUCUUCGAAAUACGUCUACUGUGUUACAUGUUUAGAAUUCUAAAACAUUACUAACGUAUAUAAUACUAAGAACAUCAAACCAAAAUGUCAACAAACUUUAUAUUAUUAUAAACUGUGCAGCAUGUGUCAUUUUGGAAAUUUCCUGGUUGUGUAUUAAUCAUACUGGACACCCAUGGCUUCAGGUCGACCUGUUCCUAGCAGCAGAGCUCCUAGACCUGGGCUGGCUCCUAAGCCACAGCCGCCAUUUCAGCAAGGAGCAGCUGCAGCGGUAGCUGCAGCCAGUCUCCUUGGACCACAUGGACCUCCGGGACAACAUCUUACAGAUUCCCGCGCCAAGACAGUAUUAAAGGAAGCUGUUGAUGCAGUUGUAAACAGCUUUGCAAAGCAUACUCAUGGUUAUGGAAGAGUGAAUGUUGUGGAGGCCCUGCAGGAGUUCUGGCAGAUGAAGCUGGAACGAGGCGCCGAUCUCAAGAAUGGUGCUCUAGUGGUGUACGAGUCUGAGCCGUCUGCCUCCCCACCCUACGUCUGCUACGUCAGUCUUCCAGGCGGAAGCUGCUUCGGAAGUUUUCAGAACUGUGCUACAAAAGCUGAAGCCAGACGAAGUGCUGCGAAAAUUGCCUUGAUGAACUCUGUAUUCAACGAACAUCCUUCUCGUAAAAUAUCUGACGACUUUAUAAACAAAGCAGUGGCUGAUGCUUUGGCCUCAUUUAAGGGAAGCCGUGCGGAUGCUGAAAACCCCAACACGGGUAUCGGAGCCUUCAAGUUCAUGCUGGAGGCGAACCGCGGCCGGACGAUGCUCGAGUUCCAGGAACUGAUGACGGUCUUCCAGCUGCUGCAUUGGAAUGGGAGCCUGAAGGCGAUGCGUGACCGCAGCUGCUCACGACAGGAAGUCCUCGCCCACUACUCACACCGGGCACUGGACGAUGACAUGCGCUCACAGAUGGCGCUCGACUGGAUCGCCCGUGAGCAGGAGGCUCACACGAUCAUCCCCCAGGAGCUGCAGAUCGCGGAGAAGGAGCUGGAGGCGGCGCGGCUCGCGGGCAGAGAGCUGAGAUUCUAUAAGGAGAAGCGAGACAUCCUGGUGCUGGCCAUGAGUCAGAUCGGACCCGUUGAGAGCAUCGCUUGACGAGAUUAUUGUUACAGACGAUGGGCAGAGUGGUGCUGAUGUUUGAAAACAGUUUCGUUGGUGUUCAUGAGGUGGCCAUUUGAUUUUAACAAGAUAUUUUACUGCCGGCCAUGAGUGAGAUCGGACCCGCAGAGAGUAAUCACUUGACAAGGUUUCAGUGGUGAGGAGUGGAACAGUGCUGGCUGAUGUUUAAAAACAGUUUGGUUGGUUCCUGUUGUGGUUAUUCGAAUUAACAAGAUAUUUUACUGGUGGCCAUGAGUGAGAUCGGACCUGCUGAGAGUAUUACUUGAGGAUUUUUUUUAGAGACAGUUUAAUUGGUAUUCCGGAUGUGGCUAUGAGUCAUAUUGGAACUGCUGAAAAAAUAUUCAAGCCUAGCUCUGCCACUCCAAAUUAGCCAAUUGUAAAUUUCCAAAAUUUGGUGAAAUUAUUUCUUGCGUUGACAAAUAUUUUAUCGAAAAAAAAGAUUUGUGGGUUUCUGCAGUUUUUGAAGUUUCAUAGAUAAUUUUGGGAAAUGUUCUGCUCAACUAAAGCUACAUGUAUUUCUGAUAUUGCUUGAUGAGAUUCAGUCAGUGUUCAAUGACAGUGAGUACCACUAACAUUCGCAAACAGUUUAAAGUUAUCAUUGAUAUAAGAAGACAUUUUGGUGCAGGCCAUAAAUUGGACUGGACCUGCUGAAAGUAUUCUGUGAUGAGAUUUGGACUGCAAAUCAACAUUGGGUAAGGCUGGUGUUCAUGAACAAUUUGGUUGCUUCCCAGUGUAGUGAUUUGGUUUAACACGAACCAGUCAAACAAAUGUUUUUCUGCUCUGUGUGGCUGAACGCAGCCGGAGUCUUUCGUGAACAAUUUGGUUGCUUCCCAGUGUAGUCAUUUGGUUUAACACGAACCAGUCAAACAAAUGUUUUUCUGCUAUGUGUGGCUGAACCGGCUGGAGUCUUUCGUGAACAAUUUGGUUGGUUCUUGAUGUUGUCAUUUGAAGUCCAAAAACAAUAUAUAGGGAUCAUUUUGUCUGACUGGUCUUCAGCCUUAUUUAUUUUUAGCUGGCAUUCGGUUGACUUGCCAUCAACUACAGCCAACUCAGCUGCCAACAUUUUCUGUAUUUUUGAUCAGAUCUGAAAAAAGUGGUUUUAGAACUCUUAAAAAGUAUAUAAGUCACUGUUAUUGAGUGAGAUAAUGCCUUUUACUUUUUCUUGCCUUAUACCUCAUUUUUGAACGAAAAGCCUGGCCAUGCUGUAGGUCACGUCUGAAAAGCCAUGCUAGAGGAGGUAGAUUUGAAUCACAGUUGGUGGUGUAUGAUGUAGGCGAAGGCUUAAAUAUUAACGGGACAGACCCUAGUUUCAGCUCAUGAAAAUUAACACUAAGUUUGCUUAAUCUACAAACCUGUAACCCAUUUGGAUAAAGUUACAAUAGAGUGAAACGUGAGUCUGUGACUUUGAAAUGAUGAAAUACUCUCUAAAAAUAGACUAAAACUUGACUCCAUAGUUACCUCUGGGACGCACAUGAGUUUUUAAAAAUAUUAAAAAUUAAUUUUGUGAUAUUAAAAACAGCAGGAUGACCAAAAACACUUUGAAUGUAUGGAAAUGUAUAAUCUAAACAAUAAAAUCUAAGUAAAGUAGGAUUUCAGUUAUCAAAAAUGGCUCUAAUAAAAAAAAUAUGCCUCAGUAUUUAAAAACUAGGGUAUGUCCCUUUAAUGAAGAGGAUUUCUUUGAGCUGAUAAAUAUUAACUAUGUGCUGUGCAUCCCCAUUUUAAAUAAAUAUUAACUAUGUGCUGUGCAUCCCCAUUUUAAAUAAAUAUUAACUAUGUGCUGUGCAUCCCCAUUUUAAAUAAAUAUUAACUAUGUGCUGUGCAUCUCCAUUUUAAAUAA